AUGGAUGCCUGUGAUUAUUCACUUCCUCUCAGCAUCAACCCAAAUAACUUCACUGCCAAACUGUGGCGCUUGGUGAACAACCCGGCGAACGACUCCAUCUGCUGGGACGGUGCCGGAGAGGUCGUCGUCAUUCACCAGCAGCUCUUCGAGCAACAGAUCCUGCGUCCCGGCAGCUUGUCUCCGAGCAGCCCCGACGCCUUCAAAACGACCAACUUCUCAAGCUUCGUCCGUCAGCUCAACCUGUACGGCUUCAAAAAAGUCGACCCAGAUGUGAGCCAACCUAAGCCGGUCAACUCGACCGUUCAUCAUUUCUUCAACGCAAACUUUAAGCGGAACCACCCGGAGCUUGUUGCGAGUCUGAUCAGGCUCACCAGCGAUAAUAAGGCCAAACUCCAGGCCGGUCUGAACGUGAACUGUCGGCCUCCCAGUCGGUACCAGCUUUCGAGGGGGUGCAGUGAUGGCAAAGGAGUCCGUUCAUGGCCGAGCCCUGCACGUCUGGAGUCAGCUCAUCCUUACUAUCCGAGGAAAGCCCUCAAUGGAACCCCGGUCCCACCUUGGUACCUGAUGAGGGGUCUCGGUGCAGCUCUUUCUCCUGCUGACAAAGAGACACCAGCAUGUUUGAGCCACCCAGAUGCUGGGGGGACACCGAGCCCAAAUGCUGUGAACGUUCAGCCCCGCGCAAACCAAGGAAAUCCACAUUUCGCUGGUUAUAGUCCCCAUAGUGUCCCAUAUCAACCUGACUUCUGUUCUCCAGCUUUCCAUUGCUACUAUCCAAAACCUGCAAGACCUCCCGUGAAUAUGGUCUGUCAUGGGGCCCGUUACCAGGACUUUGAGAAUAAUGAAAACCAGAAGGUGAAAAAAGGUGACACUAGCUUGGAUGCAAUUUUCCAGAUGGCAGAUGAGGUGAUGCAAACUCCACCCAGUAACUGCCUGGUUAAAGUUGAGACUCCAGAGAAGCCAGCCUCUGAGUUCGAGCCUUCCUCCAACACCUGUAAAGCCAAGAACAGUGGCAGCACCACGAAACCAAGUCCUCUCCGCGCUGUGCCUGUUCUCAAGUCUGUGCCAAACUAUCCUGAUCUAACUACUUACAAACAGCAUGAGGAGUCUGUGGUUUCAGUCCCUAAGCAAAUGCCCAAGGAUGUUGUCUAUGAGGAGACUGAGGUCGUAAGUGUUGGGACAGACACAGUCGUAGAUGCCAGUCAGGAUGAUAGCAGCAGCAGCAGCAGCACAGGAAGAACGCCAGGUGUUUAG